GUUAUGAAGUGGAUUUUAUUUUUUGUGGCCGCUUUUGCCCAGAGCUUGGCCACUUCGGAUUCUGGUUAUGAUUUCUAUCGUUUGCCAACGGCCUUACGGCCUCAGAAAUACCAUCUCAGCAUUUUGACUCAUCUCGACAAUCCAGAAGAUCUCCAUUUUGAGGGAACCGUCAAAAUCAUAAUCGAGGUUUUGGAGAAUACCAAAAAUAUAACACUUCACUCAGAGUCUCUCGACAUCGACGAGUCACGGACCACUCUACACCAAAUUAAUGGACAGAAAGGUGAAAACUGUAUCAACUCCACGGCCGUGAAUGCCAAACACGGCUACUAUAUCCUCAACACUUGCCAAGAACUGAUUGCUGGUAAUAUUUACGAACUAAGCCUAGCCUUUUCUGCAAAAUUAAGUACUAAGCUUCGUGGCUAUUACCGCAUAUCUUACAUGCACCCCAAAGAUAACCAAUCAAGAUGGAUUUCCAUUACUCAAUUCGAACCGACUUCAGCGCGUAGGGCUUUUCCUUGUUUCGACGAGCCAGCAUUAAAGGCAUCUUUCGUUAUAACUUUGGGGUACCACAAAAAUUACACGGGAUUAAGUAACAUGCCAGUAAAGGAAACUAGGCCCCAUGAAACUCUUCCGGAUUACAUUUGGCGUGAGUUUGAGGAGUCAUUGAUGAUGUCCACCUACUUGGUGGCCUACUCUGUAAAUGAUUUUGCACAUAUAACCUCCACUGUGGAAAAUGGACCCGUAUUUCGAACCUGGGCCAGGUACAAUGCCAUUCGUCAAUGUCGUUUUGCUGCGAAAUUUGGCCCCAAAGUGCUCAGAUUCUUCGAAGAGUUAUAUGAAAUAAAGUUUCCGCUAACUAAAAUCGAUCAAAUCGCGGUGCCUGAUUUUGAAGAUGCUGCUAUGGAGAACUGGGGAUUGGUGGUCUAUAAAGAACACAACCUGCUUUACUCUUUUGAAGAAUCGGCGCUGAGUGAGUGGCGGGUGGCGAAUUCAAUAGCUCAUGAACUGGCCCACCAGUGGUUCGGAAAUCUUGUCACCAUGAAUUGGUGGACGGAUCUGUGGCUCAACGAAGGAUUCGCUACUUUUGUGGGCACCCUGGGCGUGGACUACAUCUAUCCCGAAUGGCAUUACAAGGAUAUGAUGCAACUAACUAACUUGUUGUUGAUCUUUAAAUAUGAUUCUUUGGAAUCGAGUCAUCCCAUCUCGACGUCUAUAGAGGAUGUGGCAGAAAUAGAAACACAUUUCGAUCAGAUCACGUACUGCAAAGGAUCGGCUGUGCUCCGAAUAAUGCAUUCGUUUUUGGGCGAGGAAUCGUUCACAUACGGCCUGAAAACAUAUCUUAAUAUGUAUGCUUACAAAAACGCUGAAUCCGACAAUUUAUGGGAGAUGUUCACUCAAGCAGCUCACAAGAUUGGCGUGAUGCCCACGAACUAUGAAGUAAAAACCAUAAUGGACUCGUGGAUACUCCAAAAAGGAUUUCCUGUUAUAAACAUUACACGUGACUAUGUCACCAGAACAGCAAAUCUUAGUCAGGAAAGAUUUGUUUUAAGUACAAUGUACUCUGACCUUAAAAGGAAAGGAUGCUGGUGGGUGCCACUUAGUUACACCACGCAAGAAGACAAGGACUUUAACAACACAUCUCCCAAAGUGUGGCUGGAGUGUGAUGAAAAUGGUAGAAGUCCGCCCAAAACAGUCAAGGAUCUUCCUGGACCAGAUGAGUGGGUCAUCUUCAACAACCAGUUUUCAACGCUCUGCAUCAUCAACUACGACACGCAAAACUGGAACCUGCUUAUCAAAACUUUGAAAACAGGAGAUUUCGAGAGUUUUCACAUAAUGAACCGAGCCCAGCUCAUCAAUGACGUCUUAUAUUUGGCUUGGAUUGGAGAACGAGACUACGAGACGGCCUUAGGCUUGGUGGAAUAUCUGAAAAGGGAGCGGGAGUAUUUGCCGUGGAAGGCUGCCGAUGAAAGCUUAGAAAAAAUAAAAGAAUUUAUUCAUCUUACACCAUACGUUACAAAAUUCAAGAGCUUUAUAAACAAAUUAGUCACCCCGAUUUACGAGAGUUUAAAUACAACGGUUGGCCGUAAUCCUAAUCCCGAUAAGCUUAUGCUGCUUUUAAUAACAUUAAAGUGGGCCUGCUAUAGUGGCAUUGAAGAUUGUAUUGAAAAGGCGUUAGAUGCCUACCGAAGCUGGCGGUCUUAUCCAUUCGCAGAUGACUUUAAUCCUGUGCCCAAAAAUCUUCGAGACAUUUUUUACUGCACUGCGAUAGAGCACGGCAAUGACGAGGAUUGGGUAUUUAUGUGGAGUAGAUACCAAAACUCGACACAGGAAGUUACCCAAUUGAGAUUUUUAAAAGCCCUUGGAUGUUCGAGGGAUGAGAACCUGUUGCAGGGCUAUCUGGAGCAAAUUUUUGAUCCAAAGAAACCUUUUAAAAUGGAUAAAUUAUAUUAUGCUUUUGUUGGUCUGGUCUCAAAUCAAAUGGGCUUUGAGUCGACACGGAAAUUUGUUUUAACCAAUGCGGAUUUAGUCUACCUACAGUAA